AUGGGUACUGGAAAAAAAGAAGCCACGCGCCGAGUCCGCCAGGGCAAGGUCGGCGAUGGCAUGGCCAAUGUGAGGGUCAAAGGUGAAAAUUUCUACAGAGAUGCGAAGAAGGUGAAGAGGUUAAAUAUGCUCAAGGAUGGCAAGCCUCAACGUGACGCAGCUGGAAACAUCACCGUCGCCGCCUCCUACCAGUCUCGCGAUGCCCCGGUCGCUCGGAUCGAGCCCAACCGGAAGUGGUUCGGGAACACUCGUGUUAUCUCACAGGAGGCUCUCUCGUCCUUUCGCGAGGCUGUCGCUGAGCGUGCAGCCGAUCCUUAUCAGGUUCUUCUCAAGACGAACAAGCUUCCCAUGAGUUUGAUCCGAGACAAUCAGACUCUCAAUGGACUUAAGCAGCAUGAGGCCAAGAUGGCUAUCGAGACCUCCCCAUUCAGCGAUACCUUCGGACCCAAAGCUCAAAGGAAACGAGUCAAGAUCGGCGUCUCGUCGAUUGAAGACUUGGCCGGUGAGACGGUCAAGAUGCACGAUAGCUACAUCGAAAAGACUGACCAGGCUACGCAUGCGGACGGCACGGCUGUCGUGUCCGGUGAUGAUGUUGCCGCCGACCUCAACGUUGGCACUCUUCCAACCUCGCGCGAGUCGGUCUUUUUGAAGGGCCAAAGCAAGCGUAUCUGGAACGAACUGUACAAGGUCAUCGAUUCCUCGGAUGUUGUUAUCCACGUUAUCGAUGCGCGUGAUCCCGAGGGCACACGGUGCAGAGGAAUCGAAAAGUACAUUCGCGAGGAAGCUCCUCACAAGCAUCUCAUCUUCGUUCUCAACAAGUGUGAUCUUGUACCAACAGGCGUGGCGGCUGCUUGGGUCCGUCACCUAUCAAAAGAUUAUCCUACUCUGGCGUUCCAUGCCUCGAUCACCAACUCGUUCGGUAAAGGAUCUUUGAUCCAGCUGCUCCGGCAAUUCUCGUCUCUCCACUCCGACCGUAAGCAGAUCUCGGUUGGCUUCAUCGGGUACCCCAAUACAGGAAAGUCGUCCAUCAUCAACACUCUGCGCAAGAAGAAGGUCUGCACAGUCGCUCCCAUUCCUGGUGAGACCAAGGUCUGGCAGUACAUCACUUUGAUGAAGAGGAUCUACCUCAUUGAUUGUCCCGGAGUUGUCCCGCCCAAUCAGAACGAUACCCCGGAGGAUAUCCUCCUUCGUGGCGUUGUGCGAGUGGAGAACGUCGAGAACCCCGAGCAGUACAUUCCCGCUGUUCUCAAGCGUGUCCAGCCCAAACAUCUCGAACGCACCUAUGGUAUCAAGGAUCCUGGCGGUCCGAUCGAGUUCCUCAGCAUUCUUGCCAGAAAGGGUGGUAGACUUCUGCGUGGAGGCGAGCCUGACCUUGAUGGUGUUGCCAAAAUGGUCAUCAACGAUUUCCUCCGUGGAAAGAUUCCGUGGUUCACUCCCCCUCCCUAUACACCCGGCGAGGAGAGUGAGAAGAUCGAAGGCCGUGAAGGCAGACUUGGUGAAAUGGGCCGCAAGCGCAAGCUUGACGACACUACACAGACUGCGGGUGACAAGAAGGAAGCCUCGGCUGAGUCGGGCUCUGAUGAGGAGGAAGAGUUCGAGGGCUUCAGCGGAGAGGAAAGUGAUAACGAUUCGAUCGCGAACCUCGAAGUCAGCGAUGAGGAAAGCGGGGAGGAAUGA